AUGGGCUCUACUGAUCCAGAAGCCCUUCAAAGUUUAGAUAAAGUGAAUCCCCAGGGCAGCAAUGCAGAAAGUACCAGGAAAAUGCCUGUUGCCCGCCUGACGCAUCUCAGCGGAUGGAAACUAUGGAUCACGAUAUUCUGUCUCUGUCUCGGGCUACUUUUGUCUGCCCUCGAGACUAGUAUCAUUGCUACGUCGCUUGUCUCGAUCACGUCGAGUAUGGGAAACUAUGAAAAGGGAAAUUGGGUGGUAACUUCCUAUCUGAUCACUUAUACAGGAAAGAAUGCUUUCUCUUCAGUCAUACUUUGUGACUUGUUUGGCCGGAAAACGACCUUGGUUUCUGCGCUAAGUUUGUUCACAACCUUUUCCCUCGCCUGUGGACUGGCGCAUUCAAUGGAGAUGCUUAUCAUUUUCCGCGCUUUCCAGGGCAUCGGCGGUGCAGGACUAUACAGUCUUGCUAUUUCCGUGAUCGCAGAAGUGACUCCAAUACAGCAUGCUGGGCUAGCAGUUGGAAUGAUGAGUUCUGUCUUUGCGGCGGCUAGCUUAUUGGGUCCCAUCCUGGGGGGUGCUAUCACCAGCCAUACCACCUGGAGAUGGGUAUUUUACCUCAAUCUCCCUCCGGGAGUCAUUAUCACCAUCCUUGUCAUAGCCAUAUUUCCUCGCAAUGCAGAACCGCUGCCAACAACGUGGGCAACCAUCCAGGGCAUUGAUUUUAUCGGGAUUGCCACCUCUCUGGCCGGAUCAGUUCUGCUAAUCUUUGCACUUGAAUCGGGAGGAACUUUCUACGCGUGGGACAGUGGCACCAUUGUGGCAUGUUUUAUUGUCGCGGCACUCUGCUUUAUUGGAUUUGGUACUUGGCAAUGGUUUCUCUGUCGCUCAUCCCUUAACCGAAGGAUCCUUCCCCUGUUUCCUACUAAUCUCGUCACUCAACGAUUUUCAGGACUUGCGAUUCUGACGGCCUUCCUAACCGGAUUUCCCUUCAUGAUGACCCUCAUUUUUCUUCCGCAGCGACUGCAGUUACAGAAUGGGCUCAGUCCGGUCGACGCCGGCGUAGACAUGUUGGCCCUUCUAUUGCUAUCAGCCUUUGGCUCCUUCCUUGCUGGCAUGCUCAUCAGUAAAUUCGGAAUUGGCUGGCAUGUCCUGGUCGCAUCACUCUUUUUGCAGAUCAUUGGGCUCAGUUUGAUGACAACGCUCCCUGUUACAUCUGGCCCAGUCCCGUCGGCGCAGUUUGGCUACCAGGUGAUUCUGGGAUUGGGUUUUGGCCUGGCUCUGAGUAGCCUGGCUAUGACUGCCCGUGUCGGUAUGAAAGAGCAAGACAUCAGUAUCUGUAUGGGCUCUAUCACACAAGUUCGCGUCCUGGGAGGCGUAAUCGGCAUCGCCCUCGGACAAGCGAUCACCACAUCACAUUUAAAGUCCGAACUACUCCCUAUAAUCGGAGCCAGCAAACUGACCAAGCUACUGGGCUCCACCGAGGCCGUCAAGGCGUUCCCAGCGGCAGAAGCAGCGCUAGUGAAAGAAUGCUACGGACGGGCCUUUGCCCUACAAGAUAAAAUCAUGCUUGCAUUCACCGCGGUUAGCGUGCUGGCUAUGAUGGGAGCCUAUGUCAAGGACACCCGGUCAGUCAAGGACCAAGCCACGCAACAAUCGCACUCUACCCCUUCACAAUAA